GUCAAAUCAACGUGAGUCACGAACUGUCAAUUAUGUCAAAAUAAAUCAAAAAUCAAACUUUUUGAAAUACAAUUAAAAUAAACUUGUAAAUUAUGGCAGAUUUUAAAGUAGUAACGUCAGAUUUUGUAAAUGUUCAAAUUUCUACCUCCAAAGAUGACAUAUCAUUUAACGAAAAGAGGUUUCCUAAGGAUUUAACAAUAUCAGAUCUAAAGGUGAAACUUGAACUAAUUACUGGUGGAAGUUGUAACACCAUGCAGCUUCAAGCAUUCUCCAAAGACAACAAAUUAAUAUGCUCGUUGGAUGAUAAUUCCGCUCUUCUGGGGUCAUUUCCUUUGGAAGACGGCGUGAGACUCCACGUAGUAGACAGUUUUGUAAUGAGGAAUGAAUUAGAUUUUGGAAACGUUCCAAAAUUCGAGCUAUCAAACGAUGAAUAUGACAAAAAGGGUGAUACAGUGAGGUCUUUUUUGAUGAAGAAUAAGUUAGGAAAAUAUGGUGGUAAUAGUGACGCAAAGAAAAAAGAAGCUACAGAAGCAGAAGAAAAGAAAUUGGCUGAUGAAAUGACUGUCGGUGCUAGGUGUAAAGUUUCAGUUCAAUCUGCUCCUGAUAGAUUAGGAACAGUAAUGUAUACAGGAAUAGUAGAAGGGCUACCUGGAUAUUGGAUAGGUGUCAAAUAUGAUGAACCACUUGGAAAAAAUAAUGGAACAUUAAAAGAUAAACAAUAUUUUGAAUGUCCCGACAAGUACGGGGCCUUUGUCAAACCUCAUAAUGUAACAGUUGGUGAUUUCCCAGAAGAAGAUUAUGAUUUAAAUGAGGAGAUUUAAUUGCCAUUCCAAGUAUUAACAACAAAAUCAUAAUUUUUACUCAAUAAAUUGUGAUCAUGCUUAUUAUGUUAAUAAAACGCUUAAUAUUUCCUAUUAUACUUAUUGAUAAUGUAAAAACUAUAAUUUUCAAAAUCAAGAUGAUUUUAAUAAUAAAAUGCGUAUUUUUUUAAUAUAUUUGUAGUGUUUUGUUUAAUUAUUAUUGUAUAUAAUGUUUUUCUCUUU